AGCGGGGCGCGGCGGCGGCAGUGGCGGCAGGAGCAGCGCCGACAGCAGCGGAGCGCGGGCCGUCCCGGCCCCUCCCUCCCGACUGGCACCACCGCGCCCCGUCCGUCCGUCCCGCCCGGCUCCCCCAUGGCCGCCGCUGCCUGGGAAGCACCUCGUGCCGCCGCCGCCCUGCCGGUGCCGGAGCCGCGUUGCCGGGCGGCGGCCGCCGCCUCCCCGCGGUGCCGCUAGCGCCCCGCGUCCCGCUUACCUUCGUCGCCGGUGAAGCACUGAGGAAAGGCGCUCCCGCGGCACCGCCCCAGCGGCUCUCGGCGGCUGGACGGCGCGUUCGUGCCACUCCUCCUCCCUCUCCUCCGCGGCGGCGCUCGGGGCGACGGCGGCGGCAGCAGCUCGGCGUGACGCCCCGGCGCGGAUGCGGUGGGUGCCGGGCGCGGACCCCGGACCGGCAUUGCCCCACCUGCCGCCGCCGCCGCCGCCUGACGCCGCUGUGCUCUCCCCACGCAGGCAGCCCCCCGGCGAGUGCGAGAUGGCGCUCAGCGGCACGCUCCUCCCCUCCAUCGCCACCUUCGCGGCGGGCGCCGCGGGCCGCGAGAAGGCGGCGCGGCCCGCGGGCCCCGGCAACCGGUGGCGGGAGGAGCUGUCGCAGCUGAAGCGGCCGCCGCCGGCGCUGGCGGCGCGGCCCGUGGAGGCGCCGCCGUCGGAGCUGGAGGCCGCCGCCGCCCUGGGGCCCCGCCGCGACGCUGAGGAGUUCAACGAGCUGCUGGACUUCGACUUCAUCCUCUCCAACUCCCUCAUGCACCAGGAGCCCGCCGCCGCCGUGGUGGUGGCCCCCGCCGCCGCCCCGGCCCCCACCGCCAGCCCCUGCCCCGCCGGGCCCUUCGCCUACCCGCUGCCCCGGCCCGAGCCCGCCGGACUUCUCUACGGCGGCGGCGGCAGCCGCGACGGGGCCCCCGCUCCCGGCCCCGCUGCCCCCUUCAACCUGGCGGACAUCACCGACGUGUCCCCUUCGGGAGGCUUCGUGGCUGAGCUCAUGCGGCCCGACCUGGACCCGGUGUACCUGCCGGCGCCGGCGGCCCUGCCGCCUCUGGGAAGCCUGCAGGGCAAGUUCGUGGUGAAGGCUGUGGGCGAGUACAGCCACCCGGGGCUCAGCCCCAAGAGCGGCCCCCCGGCUGCCGCCCCGCCACCCGGCACCGAGGGCCCCGGGGCCCCCUACAGCCCCCUGCCGCGGAUGUGCCCCAAAAUAAAGCAGGAGGCUGCCCCGCCGUGCACCCUGGCCCCGCCGCCUCCGCCGCAUGGAAGCGGCCCCCGAGGAGCUCCCCAGCACGACUUCUCCAUGGGCCGCCCACUGCCCACCCGGACUACGCCUUCACUGGGGCCCGAGGAGAUGUUGAGCAGCAGAGACUGUCUCCCCACUGCCCAGGGGCUGAGCCACCCACCACUGCCACUGCCCCCGGGGUACCCCCCGGCCCCCGGUUACCCCACCUUCCUGCCCGAGCAGCUGCCGCCCGGCACGCUCCAGUACCAAGAGCUGAUGCCGCCGGGGAGCUGCCUGCCUGAGGAGACCAAGCCCAAGAGGGGACGCAGGUCAUGGCCUCGGAAGAGGACAGCCACACACACCUGUGACUAUGCGGGCUGCGGUAAAACCUACACCAAAAGCUCUCAUCUCAAAGCACAUCUGAGAACCCACACAGGUGAGAAACCUUAUCACUGUGACUGGGAAGGCUGCGGAUGGAAGUUUGCCCGAUCCGAUGAACUUACUCGUCACUACAGAAAACACACAGGCCACCGCCCAUUCCAAUGCCAGCGGUGCGACAGAGCAUUUUCCAGGUCGGACCACCUUGCCUUACACAUGAAGAGGCACUUUUAAUUGGAAGCCGUGGAUGUUUCCCCAACUGCUGUAGAGAUUCAGUAUUUACAGCGCAAGGACUGUCUUCCGCAAGAUGGGGAGAACACAGUUUAAGCACUACAGAUAAUCAAGGUGAAGUCUUCUAAAGAGUGGAAAAGAGGGAUAAUUGCAUACAGACGUUGCAACUUUUUUUAUAUAUAUAUACAUUUAAAAGAAAACAGAACCAAAAACGUUGGGGUCAAUGACUGGAUCUUCUAACAUUCCAUUUGUAAAUCCAACUUGAAUUAUUUCCGGACUACAAAAUGCCAAGGAGUGACUGGAAGUCACGGAUAUCAGGGUUAAACAGACUGUGUGUAGUUCGGAGGGUGGGGAUAUUACACAGGGAAAUGACGUUCCCUUAAUUUUCUUUCAAUGCAAUAUUAGAUGUAAAUGUCAUCUUGUACUUUCCUUUUUUUUCUUCCUUCUAAAAGCCAUUACAAUGUUAAAAGAGGAGGAAAAAUUCAGGUACAGAAUUCUAUUUUAAAAGCCUAUUUCAUGGUGCUUAGUGACUGUUGGUUCUAGAGGUACCAAAAACAGGAAGCCAAAGUUCUCAAACUGCUGCAUAUCUGACAAGGAAAUAUUUUUGUCUUCCGAUCGCCAAUUAUGACCUAAAUCAGGUAAAUAAACCUGGUUUAUCUUCUUUUUUUUUAAAGAAAAUAACUUUAUGCAGACAGUCUGUAAUGCACUGUGGUUUCGAUGUGCAAUAGUUUGUACAAUGGUUUAUUCCCAAAUAUGCCUUAAGCAGAACAAAUGUUUUCUAUAUAGUUCUUUACAUAAUAAAUAUGUAAUAUAAAUUUAAGCAAACUUCUAUUUUGUAUAUUUGUAGACUACAAAGUAAAAAUGAACAUUUUGUUGGAAUUUGUAUUUUGCAUAUUCAAGUUGAAAAUAAGUUCUAAAUAAACCUAAAUAUUUUAUCUGAA